UGCAUCUCGGCCACGGCUAACUUGCAGCACAUAUCCACACAAGGAGAGAAAAGCAUAGAAAACCUCUAGCGGUAGACUCACUCGCAAACUUUUCCCAUCAUCUGCUCAUUCCGGCCACAUGUUUACAAUCCGAAAGUUCCCAAACAAGUAAAAAACAAAAUGGAUAUCGAUAUCGACCAGGAGGACGUCAAACCCGACUUGUUGGACGGAGGAAUGGACGAAAUUCGUAAUAAAAAUACUCCCCACGAUACAAAUUCCUCUCCCUACGCAGAUUCGGACCAGAUCGAAACAAACGAUAAGACAACCCCCCGAAAAUUGUCCCCUGAUCGUCCCCCCACAGCAGAGUUCAGCAAUACGAGAGGGAGACAUUGGGGGUGUGGAUUUUGCAAUAUUACCUGUUCCUCGUAUCACGGCCUGGUCACACACACCUUAAAAAUCCACGGUUCCACCACACCAAAACUCCGGGUUCGGAAAUAUCCUCCCCGCAAGAAUCGAUUGAGGUAUCUCCUGUACCGCGUGAAGUACCCGAAUUAUUACGACGACGAGGCACCACGUCCCCCAGAAGAAGACGGACCUCCUCCUCCCCCCACGGCUGCCCCAGAGGUAAAAAAAUGUCCCACGUGUAACGAGCAAUUUAAGUCUGAAUUCCUCUACGAUCGACACCGGGAGAAGCACGCACACGCAAACUGGACGUGUUUCCAGUGUUCCGCCACCUUUGUGGCGAAGGCGGCCCUCACCCAGCACGAAGAGAGGAUGCACCCUGCUCCCCCCUCGGGGGAAAUAUUUACCUGUGAAAUUUGUAAAGUUGGUCAUUCCUCAAGGGACGAGUUGAAAACGCAUCAGCGCCAGAGACACGGCGUCGGGGCGAAUUCACUGAUCAUUUCGUCGAUUAAGGGAGACGACGAGGACGAUGGUCAACGUGGCGACGAGAUUGACUCGGACGAUGAGAGAUUUCUGGACCAAGUGGAGAAAGAGGGUCAGGCUAAGGUCAAGGUGGAGAUUGAGGUCAAACAAGAGGGGGGAGAUGACAUUAAUGGUGACACGACCUCGUGGGGUUUCGAUGUCAAGGUUGAAUCGAAUAUUGAUAUUUCUAGAUUUUAUGACGAAUAAUGUUUACGUGAUGAGAUAAAUAGGUAUAUUUUAUUAUUGGUGUGAAUCAAAAAUUUUAAAAAUAUUGAACCUCAAAUUAAGAUUGGUAUGAAUUCUCCCUUCCAAAUGUUUGCAUUUUUAUAACUUGGCGUUUUAUACUGGAAUAUUUUGUAGUUAAAUAUUUUGUACAAAUUAGGCCUCCUUAACGAGACGAUUUUUACGUUAUUUUGAAAUACAAAACCUUUCGUAAUGUGAAGUUUUUAUUUAGAUUGAUAAGAUGGAGGUGACGAGCAUGUAAAAUAAGAGUCACUAGAGUUUCAAAUAAAUAAAAAAAUAAGUCAUAAAA